CAGCCCCACCUCUGCCGGCCCGCCCUCGGCUCCCCCGCCGCGCCGCGGAGCCAGCCCGGGAAGCCCACGGCGGCGGGCCCCGAGCGGGAGCCCCCCCCCGCGCUGCAGCCGCGCGCCUCGACGCUGGAGCCCCGGCAGGCAGUGAGGAAAAGGGGCCCACGUUCUUCCUUGGACACGAGAACGUUCUUCCUUGGACACGAGAACGGUUCUGGGUCUGAAGAAGACAUAACCCUUUGCCUGCCUGCUUCCCUGCUGUGGCCCUGCUUGUCCCUCAGGGGCUGAGGCGCUGACUGACCUUCACUGCCUAGCCCAGGGUACCUGGGACCCCACCAUCUCUAGGCCCGUCCAGCUGUUGUUACACUCCAGGGGCUGAGGAGUGAGGAGUUAAGGCACCAGAGUGAAAGCCCUCUGGGGCCUCAAGCAGAGGAGUGAAACUGGAACCAUCGGGGAACAUGAGUGAAUUUUGGCACAAACUGGGUUGCUGUGUGGUAGAGAAACCCCAGCCGAAGAAGAAACGGAGACGAAUUGACCGGACCAUGAUUGGGGAACCAAUGAAUUUUGUCCAUCUGACUCACAUUGGCUCCGGGGAGAUGGGUGCCGGAGAUGGACUUGCCAUGACAGGUGCAGUUCAGGAGCAGAUGAGAUCCAAGGGAAACCGAGACAGGCCAUGGAGCAAUUCUAGGGGAUUGUAGCUCCAACUGAAAUGGUUCUGCUGUCUGAAGCCUCCACCACAUGUCCAGCCCAAAAGAGAUGCUGCCCCUCCUGAAACCGUGACCCCAAGGCUCUUCUUUUCCCUAUCUGCCUGUUAGUGCCUCAGAAGGCUUGGGGGCUGGACUCCCUCUAUUCCCUCUGGCUGUAGCCCCUCCUGGAGAUGGGGUCAAGGCAGCAGGACUGACCAAGUGACUACUGGUUGGCCAGAGGAGCUCAGCUGAAACCCUGGACACUCUUCAGAUCUGAGAUAGGAGUUUUCUGGGAACCUGGGAUGCAUUCCCUUCUCCUGAAUGACGGUCUAGGUGCCAUCUGUUUUUAAACUCUUAACCUGGAACUCCUUAAAUAGGGUAGGUGGGUGAGGUUACCAAAGCUGAAGCCGGCUUUGCUGAGAAGCUCCUUACCUCCCUGGCCUUCUCCUUUUUCCUCCUGGGAUGAACUGAAGCAGACGUCAAGCAGGGGGUAGGAGGUUGACCACUGCCUAGUCUACUCUUUGUCUUUAGAUCUCAGACCUUAAGCUCACAGUCCUUCAAUAUCUCUUUGCCACUACCAGCUCUUUCUCUAUUUGGCCUCUAAAUUACCCCCUUCUUCUUCUACCUCUACCCUUAACCCCAUCCCCAUUACAAACCUUAUUGUUUCCCAUUAAGAGCUAAAAGUAAGAAGUGGAUCUUAACCUGAUGGUAUCCUGUUUAAGUCUUGGAGACCUGGCCACCCUCUGCCAAUCUCCCUGCUGGUCCAGGUGAGGAGGAAGAGGGAUCUGGAGAGAAACCCAGAAUACUCCAAAACUAGACUCAGAGUGGACUUCCUAACCAUUGAGGAUCAGAGGGGUGACAGGUUGAAACAAUCAUCUGAGUUUAGGGAUCUUAAGAUCCUCACAGCAUGGGAGCAGGGGCACCUUUAGAGAAAGGAUUCUCAACCUGGGCACAUAUGACAUUUGAGUUAAGUAAUUCUUUGUAAUGGAGGGGGACUGUCCUAUGUAUUAUAGGAUGUUCAGUAGUAUAUCUGGCCAACCAUAGUUAUGACAACCAAAAAUGUCCCCAGAUAUUACCAAGUUUCUUCUAGGAGGCAAAAUCACUGCCAGUUGAGAGCCACUUCUCUAGAGUCAAAGUAUUUUUCUCUAAAGCGUUUUCCCCACUCUACUCGUGUCCCAUUAUUCAUCCUAAGCCUGAGCCAUAGAUGAACCAGGUCCUCUUGCAAAGUAGGCUCAGUAGGGCUACACAUAUCUCUAGAACAGUUCUUUAUUCAGUGUGUUUCUUGUGCUUGCAUGGGUUCAUGUCUCUGAUGAAUGUGUACGAUGCUUCUCCAUUCUUGUUUAGAGGAGGGGUUCCUGGUGAUGUGUAGGCGUGAACAGAGUAUGGUGAGAUUGAGAAAAGGAGAAAAAGCAGUAGAGCCACAGACACCCAGGAUUAUCGUCUGCAAACUUCAAACUCUACUUCUGUGCCCUAGUGCUAAAACCAGACACAAAUAAGACUCAGGGAGUUUUGUCUGAAGACCAGGUCCCACUCCCCACCAGGCCAAAGAGUCUGCUUUAGGUGGGAAAAUAAUGCAGGAGCAGGGUCUUUAGGCAGUUUGUUUUCUCAGGGGUUUUUUCUUCUGGCCCCUUCCUUGCACGGUGGUUAGAAAGGCAGAACAAGACUGGUGAGCUCCUGCCUUCUUGGAGAUGGGUAUGGGGUGGGGGGUGUCUCUCAUUAGCUCAGUAACAAGAUACAGCCUGUUUGAUGGCGAUGGGGUCAGGAAGGUGGGAACUAGGAUCCAGUCUGCUGAGUCCACCAUCCAUCCAGUUUGCCCCACCUAUAGUGACAGGUUCUAAUUUCAUUCCAACUUCAGUAUAUUUGCUGCCACCACUUUUCAGGGUCUAAGGUCGGUCAUACAUUCCCAGUUUACUCUGUUCUAAUCUAGCUAGUUGUUCUGAAAGUAGCUCAUCUUGUUGUCCUAAAGUAGCUUAAUAGCCUAAGGGUUAUAUUCAAUCUGAAGGGUUAACAGGAUAGGGUAGAAAGACAGGAGGACUCGAGGAUUGUCUGGUCACCCUGAUCUUCCACCUUAUUCUAAUGCCUUUUCUUUGGACACAGCCUUUGGUGUUCUCUUGCCUUUAGCUACCUUUUCUAACAUGUAUGCUACCAUCACUUUAACAAUAUUUGAGAGUGAUGGAAAUGGGUUUGAGAGUCAUAAUUUAUAUUAAAAAUGUGUUGGACUUUUAAAUACAUUUUUCAAAUAAAAAAAAGUUUAAACAAAAUAGCCACAGAGUAAUCAAUACGGGCAUGUGUUGAGUCAAAGGAUAAAUAUGGUUGAU